AUUGGUUAUUGCUAGGGGACAGACUGCCUUGGAUGCUCCGCUGCGGUAUCAUCUUCAGUUUGGGGCAAAAAGCAGUUUCUUUAGAUCACAAACGAAUGUAAAUCCGUUGACGCGUGUGAAUGUUUGCUAAUUUUGUUCGUAUGUGGAGAAACCUGUAGAGACAACGUAAAAUGACUCAGCUGUUUCAAACGCCUGGCUUUUAGGUGUGACAGCUCCCCAGAGAGGCUUUUUUUUUUUCUAGCUUUUGCUUAAAGAAAAUCCUAAAACUGGAUGAAAUGGAUGAACAAAGUGUUGAGAGCAUUGCAGAGGUGUUCCGCUGCUUCAUCUGCAUGGAGAAGCUCCGGGAUGCUCGCCUCUGUCCACACUGCUCCAAACUCUGCUGCUUCAGCUGCAUCCGAAGAUGGCUGACAGAGCAGAGAGCGCAGUGUCCUCACUGUCGAGCUCCGCUGCAGCUGAGGGAGCUGGUGAACUGUCGCUGGGCAGAAGAAGUCACCCAGCAGCUGGACACCCUGCAGCUCUGCAGCCUCACCAAGCAUGAGGACAAUGACAAAGACAAAUGUGAGAACCACCACGAGAAGCUGAGUGUGUUUUGUUGGACUUGUAAGAAAUGCAUCUGUCAUCAAUGUGCUCUUUGGGGAGGCAUGCAUGGUGGCCACACCUUCAAGCCUCUGGUGGAGAUCUACGACCAACAUGUGCUGAAGGUGAAAGAGGAGGUGGCCAAGCUGCGCCGUCGCCUGAUGGAGCUCAUCAGCCUUGUGCAGGAAGUUGAGAGGAACGUUGAGGCCGUCAGAGGAGCGAAGGACGAGAGAGUCCGAGAGAUCCGAAACGCCGUAGAAAUGAUGAUCGCUCGUCUGGACAACCACCUGAAAAACAAACUCAUCACUCUCAUGGGCCAGAAGACGUCCUUGACCCAGGAGACGGAGCUGCUGGAGUCUCUGCUGCAGGAGGUGGAGCAUCAGCUCCACUCUUGCAGUAAAAGUGAACUCAUCUCCAAGAGCCCAGAGAUCCUGCUCAUGUUCCAGCAGGUCCACCGGAAACCUAUGCAGUCCUUCGUCACCACGCCGGUCCCCCCAGACUUUACCAGUGAGCUGGUUCCAGCCUACGACUCCAGCACUUUUGUUCUGGUUAACUUCAGUACUCUGAGGCAGCGGGCUGACCCAGUCUACAGCCCCCCACUGCAGAUCUCCGGCCUUUGCUGGAGACUCAAAGUCUAUCCAGAUGGGAAUGGUGUCGUCCGUGGAAAUUAUCUGUCUGUGUUCCUUGAACUGUCUGCUGGACUUCCUGAAACAUCAAAAUAUGAGUACCGUGUUGAAAUGGUUCAUCAGGCUUCCAGCGACCCGACCAAGAACAUCAUUCGGGAGUUUGCCUCCGACUUUGAGGUCGGUGAAUGCUGGGGCUACAACCGCUUUUUCCGGUUGGACCUCCUCGCCAGCGAGGGUUACCUGAACAUGCAGACUGACACGCUGGUUCUCCGCUACCAGGUACGCUCACCGACAUUCUUCCAGAAGUGCAGGGAUCAGUACUGGUACAUCAGCCAGCUGGAGUCGGCCCAGAGCGGCUACGUCCAGCAGAUCAACAACCUGAAAGAGAGGCUGGCCAUCGAGUUGUUUCGCCGUCAGACAUCACGCAGUUCCUCGCCCCCUGACCUGAGGCCUGCUGCAGGCACCACAGCAUCUGAAAGAGACCCGCGGUCAGUGAAGAGCGACGGCGACAUCCAGAAUACUCUGAGCAACAAUAAGAAGGAAGAAGAAGAAAGGACACAGCACGAUGACUCGAAUGAUCUUUCGGACGGAGACCUGGAGGUGGAUUGUCUGACGGAGGAGGAGGUGAACCCACUGGAUGGGAGCAGCACGUCUGGGAGCUCCACAGCCACCAGCAACACAGAGGAGAAUGACAUAGACGAGGAGACCAUGUCAGGAGAGAAUGACGUCGAUUUUAUCGGGAAUCUGGAAACUGAAGAAGGCGAGCUCCCUGACGACAUGGUUGGAGCCACAGGUGGUGCCAGCUCCGGCCUGCGCUCAGCUCACCGCAGCGCCCCUACUGGCCGCAGUACAAACGGCAGUGCAGCUGGUGGCGGUGCCGUCGGGCCAGGCAGCAGCAGCAGCCUCCUGGAGAUCGACCCAGUCAUCCUGAUCCAGCUGCUGGAUCUGAAGGAGAGAAGCAGCGUGGAGUCUCUGUGGGGGCUUCAGCCUCGGCCCCCGGUUUCUCUGCUCCACAGCCAAGCCCAUGUUCACUCGAGAAAAGAACGAGAGCGGCGGCCUCAGGCGGUGCGGCGAUCGGCUCCAGACUCCAGCGUCUUGAUCCGCCUCAAAGCUCAAAUGGCCGAAGUCCGCAGCAAGAUGUCGGAUGUCAAGAGUCAAAUGCUGGAGACCCGGGUGUCUGCGGAGGCCCGGCCCGGCCCAUCUGGUGCUUUCUGCGCGGAGGAGGUCUUGUCUCACCAUGGCGAUGCGGAGAUGACAGCCUGCCGUAAGCCUGGUGAGCUGGAGCUGGGGACAAGAUCAGCGGCAGCUCGGCCCAGGCCCUGCCACUCUGCCAGGAAGUCGCUGUCCCCCGUGCUGGACAGCAGCUCUGUGGUUGUGAAGAGGAGGAGUCCAGAGGAGAUGGACACAGAGCUGAGAGCUGCAGAACCUGCUGCAGAGCUCACCCUGCAUCCUGCAGAUGUCAUGUCCACUGCAGAUGGAGCGGUGAAGGCUGACGUUCUUACAGGGACCCUGGUGUCCCUCGGCAGCUCCACAUCAGAGCAGAUUUCCUCCUCCAAGCAGCAGUAUUGUGUGGAGCAGCAGCUGUACGGGGCCUCAGGAUCCAGAGACGAUAUCUUCACCCUUGGGGGGCCAGGCUACCUAACCACCAGCAAGAGCUGCAGCGGCAAAACCGGAGCUGCUAUGUUGGACUGUGAGGCUGGAGGCUCAGGAAACUCCCAUCAGUCCUUGCUGGAGGGAACCAAUGCACCGCCUAGUGAAGAUCAGUCAUCGUCCAUCCUGGUGGCGGCAACCAGCAGUGACAGUGACUCUGAGGAUGAAGCUCUGCAGAGCUGCACCUCUCGCUAUGACAACCACACUCCUCCCUGCACAGGAGAACAGCUUCUGUCCGAAGACACGAGUCUGCCCGGCGACAGGUGAUUCCCUCCCACCGCUGCUUUAUCCUGCGAGGACAAGCGGCAGCGCGACGCCACGACGGCCGGAAACAGCCACACGCGUGCGAUUCCCACAGACCUGUAGAGUAGAAACUGCCUGCUGUGCAUGAGUUCACUAAGAAGACGAUUCAGGAAACUGGAUCUCCUGCUGCCUUCAGUCAGUAUAGGACCAAGCUUUCACCGACCACGUGGACCGGUCUUCACUAUUCCAGACGAUUGCAUGCUUUCGUCUUACUCACUCUGGUCUGGUUUGUCUUGUGAUUUAAAAGUUGGUCGUCAUGUUGUGUAGGGGGGUGCACAUACUUGGGGGUCAUUUUAAUGUUACAUCUCAGACCACAGUGUUCCACCGUGACUGAAGCGCACGCCAUCAUCGGCGUUUUCUACCGUGCUCAUUGUUUUUGUGCUUUCGGCUCUUCUCCUCAAUUUCCCAUUUAUUUUUAAAAAACCUCUGCAACCUGUCAGCUACUGAACAGCAUUGUGCGUUCUUUCCGGAGGUGAACUCUUUCUGAUCAUUUAUGUAAAUGCCUUCACCGUGAAUGGCAGCCGCGGCUUCGUGCCCGUUCUGAAGGCGCAUCAAGGACUGAACCGCAUGGAACGUGAAUCCCAGGCUGCUCCCAGAGCUUCAGGCUAAAAGCUCCGCAGGACGCCGCUGACUCCAGAUGGAUGGCAGAGCAGGUGUUGGUUUCUUUCCCCUGACACGGGAAGGCGUGUGCAACACCCCUGCGUGCACGUGCAGCUUCUACACUUCCAGAUUUUGUCCAAUUAACUUUAACACGCAGCUUUUGCUCAAUCCGAGGCUCUUUUUCCACAUUACAAGCUAUUAUCUGAAUUAUCAGGUUAUUUGGAUUUUUGGUGCAUUUUUUUAAAGGGGCCAGUUCACUCUAUUCACAGAAAAAUGUCCUCAAGUCUUAAAUUGCAGUUAGAGACACGUUAAGAGCAGCUUCUUUCUCAUUUUUUGAUUAAUUAUACCCUUUGUAGUUCAUAAAUUACUUGUACAUUUACCCAGACAACUGGAUUUUCAUUUCUCCUCUUGUCUUGUAGAUGUCCUGUCAGACAAAUGAUCAACAAACGUGGAAAAUAUCAACAUUGUUUUUGUAAAUAUGAAUGAAUAAAGAUGAAUGUCAGCAGUCCUGUGGUACUAAACUUAAAAUAUUGAAAACUGACAACAAGCAACAAAAACUCAUUAAUUUUGUGUGAAGUGAAGCUCUGCGUCGUGCUGUCGGAACAGUUCUCAGAGGAAGCCGACAUCCACACCCAAUAGAAGUUGAUUAUAUAACAGAUUUUCUGCUGCACUCUUGGCUUUUCUUGAUGGAUUUGUCAUUUCACACCUCAGUGAUCAAACAAACAGAGCAGACACAACGUAAAGGUUGCAGCAGAUUUUUGCACAGCACCAGGGGAACAGGCAGUUUUUAGGGCCUUUCUGCACCUUAUCUUUAAAUGUGAAGUGGAGCCAGACUUUUUUUUAGCAUUUGAAAACAUACUUCUAACCUUCAAGAGUCAUUCUUUUCGUGUUGAUAGAAAGUCUUGAACGGCUUUAUUAGGCGUUUCCCCUUUAAAUGCUUCUUUUUUGUGUCAUCUACUGAAUGUUCUCACAAUGCAGCCUGCAUUAUUCUGUGUAUAUUCUUCCUUUUUGGUGUUAAUAAAUAGUUUUAUGAAGUUGCACUAA